GUCUCUGGAAAUGUCAAUUUUUACGUCAAACAAAAACAACGAAUUUUUUUCCAAAAUCUAAGAACAAGAAGAAUAUAAUUUUCAAACUUUUAAUUACUAUAACGAUGCAUAGUUUUAGGCCUACUUAAAUCAAGGUAACAUUUGUCUUUGUAUUUCUGAAGAAAGUUUUUAAAUAAAGCCGAAUUCAUGAGAGCCAUGACGAAACCCCCUACGGACAACUUGCCCACCGUUAAACUCGUCGUGGUAGGCGAUGGUGGUGUGGGGAAAAGUGCCAUAACGAUACAGUUUUUCCAAAAACUGUUUGUAACUGAUUACGACCCCACAAUUGAAGACAGUUAUAUGCAGCAUGUUGAAGUUGAUGGCCAGUGGUGUAUGCUUGACGUGCUUGACACAGCUGGCCAGGAAGAAUUUAGUGCGAUGAGGGAACAGUAUAUGAGAAAGGGUGAUGGUUUUUUGCUGGUAUAUUCAGUAACCGACAAGAAUAGUUAUGAGAACAUCACCCAUUUCCACACACAGAUCUUAAGAGUGAAAGACAGGGACACAUACCCGAUGCUUCUAGUUGCGAAUAAGGUUGAUUUGGUUCAUUUAAGAAAAGUUACUGAAGAACAGGGAAGGGAAUUGGCACAUAAAUUGGGAAUUCCUUAUAUUGAAACCAGUGCUAAAGAUCCUCCUCUAAAUAUAGACGCUACAUUUCAUGAGGUGGUGAGAAUAAUCAGGAAUCAACCACAGAACGACAGUGAUAAAAAUAAAAAAAAUAAAAUGCAGGGCUGUGCCAAGUGCAUACUAAUAUAAAAUAUAUAUUUAUUAAUUUAUAUAUGUUUGUAAAACGCUUUAUUUCGUUGUGAGCCUACGAAGAAAACAUGAAUUUCUGAUGUAGAUUCAUGUUUGUUGUUGUUGUUAAUGUGGUAUAUUGGUAAAGAGACUGUUUCGCUCUCUGUUUGUUAUAUUUUCUAACGAACUUUUGCCUAAAUAUUUUUAUUCUCUUCUGUUUAAAGACUGUAAUUAAAAAAAUGCGUUACAAAACCCUUAAAAAGGAAUUAACUACUAUUUUGUAAUUGUUUAUUAUACACGUCAGUACCAAAGCGUUCCAAGUGAAAAUUUUAGGCCUAAUUUUUAAUUUUUUUGUUAAAAUUUUAAGUUUUGCUUUAAAAUGUGUAAAUAAAUGGUUAAACUUAUUUUUAAUCGAGUAUGUUUAGCUAAAAUAUAUGUAUAUGUAAUUCUUUAUAUAUGUAGAUUUAUUGUGAUAAAUAUACUGAGUAAAACA